ACUAAGAGUGGGAAAUGACACAAAGUACAAGCAGCACAUUAUUAAACAGUGAAGAACUUAUCUCUAAUAAUCUUAACAAACACAAACACAAAAACAAGUUGAAGUUUGAAAAUGGAACCUUGAAUUCUUUGAAUCCAAUGUGCUGCUAUCUAUCUAUCUAGCUACUUUAUAAACUCAUCUUCUUAAAGUAGUUCCACAUAUGCUCACAAGGAUCAAGAUCAACAACAACAAUGGCUACUACCAAGUUCAGACAUGUCUUUGGUAGAUUAUGGGGUUUUGCUACUUCUUGUAAGAAAAAUAGUAGCACCCCAAUUGGCUCAAGAAUUCUCCAAAGGGAUGUGGAAAAGGAAGAAUUUCAGUAUGCUAGUACUCUGUGCCUAUCAAAAUACUAUAGUGUCUUUGUGGUUCGUCUUGCAAUCAUGGUUAUGCUAGCUAUCUUGAUUGGUCUUCUUACUAUACUAACAUGGCAUUUCACAAAGAUUUAUACAACAAAAUCUCUUAAUAGCUUAGCCUAUGACUUGCGUUAUGAGCUUCUACAACGCCCAAUCUUGAGGAUGUGGAACAUUUUGAAUUCUACUUCUGAAAUUACAAUGGCUCAGGUCAAGCUUUCUCAGUAUGUGAUUAGAAGCCAUGGCAAUCUUACCACUCAAGAAAACCAAGUUGAGAUGUAUGAAGCAAUGAGAGCAGUAACAUGGGCACUUUUUGCUAGUAGAAAAGCUCUUAACUCAAUCACUGUCAAAUACAAUAAUGGUUUUGUUCAAGCAUUCCAUAGAGACCUUAAAGAUAACAACACAUUCUAUAUUUACUCUGAUCUUGCAAAUUAUUCCAUUGGUGCAAGUGCAAGUAGCUCUAACAGUGACAUUAAUUAUUCAUCACUUUCUUCUCAAGAAUCUUGGAAUGAUCAUGAUAACAAGUCUGCUGUAUGGUAUCGCCAGCCAUUGGAUCCUGUCACCGGCGAAAAGAUUGGAAAAGCAAUGCAGAUUGCCCCAGAAGACUCAAUCCACAUAGCAGGCCUAUCCCAAGUCCCUGAUGGGGUGGCUUCAUGGCGUGUCGUCGUGAGCAAGUUCACAGAUUCGCCUUUGCUUUCGGCUGCAUUGCCUGUUUGGGAUCCUUCUAACAAGAGUAUUGUGGCUGUGGUGGGAGUAACAACUGCACUUUAUAGUGUAGGACAGUUAAUGAAGGAGCUUGUUGAGUUGCAUAGUGGACAUAUGUAUUUAACUUCUCUAGAAGGUUACUUGCUUGCAACUUCCACUGAUGCACCUCUUCUUACAAAUUCAACAAAGCCUCCUAAGCUUAAGAUGGCUGUAGAUUGUGAAGAUGAAGUGAUAAGGCUUGGAGCUGAGUAUUUGAAGAAAAGUUCUGGUAACAAAUUCCCUCCUAGCCAUGAGGUUCAUGUCGCGAAUGUCAGGCUAGGCCACGACAGAUAUUACAUCGAUUCGUUCUUCCUAAACUUGAAGAGACUUCCUAUGGUUGGUGUAAUAAUCAUUCCAAGAAAGCAUAUAUUAGGCCAGGAAGAUAAAAGAGCCUUCAAGACUUUGGUUAUUCUGAUAUCUGCAUCAAUGUGUAUUAUAGUCAUUGGAUGGGUUUGCAUUUUGAUUUUGACAAAUGGAGUCUCAAAAGAAAUGAAACUAAGAGCAGAACUUAUUAGUCAGCUUGAAGCUAGAAGAAAGGCAGAGGCAUCAAGCAACUAUAAGAGCCAAUUUCUUGCAAACAUGAGCCAUGAAUUGAGGACACCUAUGGCUGCAAUAAUUGGCCUACUCGACAUUCUUAUGUCCGACGACUGUCUAACCAACGAGCAGUGUGCAACGGUUACUCAGAUAAGAAAAUGCUCGACUGCGCUGCUCCGGCUUCUUAAUAACAUCUUGGAUCUCAGCAAGGUGGAAUCAGGAAAGCUAGUUCUAGAAGAUGCUGAAUUCGACUUGGGAAGGGAACUUGAAGGACUAGUGGAUAUGUUUUCAGUGCAAUGCAUGAAUCACAGUGUAGAGACUGUCUUAGACCUAUCUGAUGAUAUGCCGAAGCUAGUUCGCGGCGACUCUGCUAGAGUAGUCCAAAUUUUUGCAAAUUUGAUCAACAACUCAAUUAAAUUUACUCCUUCUGGUCACAUUAUUCUGAGAGGAUGGUUUGAGAAUCCAAAUCCAUGUAGUGAUAAUGCAAAUUAUCUUAUGGAAGAGAAGAAUUUACAAUGUGCACAAAAGACUAGAGCAAGGCAACAUGAGAACCAUGCAAAGAGGACUUCUAAGAGGGAUAACAAAGCAAUCCUAUGGUUUGAAGUUGAUGACACCGGCUGUGGUAUUGAUCCAAGUAAAUGGGAUUCUGUGUUUGAAAGCUUUGAGCAAGCAGAUCCCUCAACUACUAGACUGCAUGGAGGUACUGGCCUUGGUCUUUGCAUUGUCAGAAGCUUGGUUAAUAAGAUGGGUGGAGAAAUCAAAGUUGUCAAAAAGGAAGGUCCCGGAACACUGAUGAGAUUAUACCUGCGCCUCGAUACGGCCGGGGAUGACACAGAACAACAUUGUUUGGUAGAUAUUGCAAACAAUGGCUUAGUGGUAUUGCUUGCACUGCACGGCAACAUGGGAAGAUCAAUCACAUCUAAGUGGCUGCAGAAAAAUGGGGUGUUCACAAUGGAAGCAUCUGAAUGGAAUGGAUUAACACAAAUUCUAAGGGAACUCUUUUGAUUUACACUAUCCAAUACAUGAGAGUUUGAAGUCCAAGUUACUUAGCAUACAAGAAAUCAAGAAUCCAGUUUUUGUCAUCGCAGUCGACAUAGGACUACUCGAUUUGAGCACAGAUAUAUGGAAGGAGCAGCUUAACUUUCUUCACAGAUAUGUGGGGAGGGCGAAAUUUAUAUGGGUUCUAAACCAUGACACCUCUAACACCAUUAAAAUGGAGCUUAGAAGAAAAGGAUAUAUGAUGACAGUUAACAAACCACUUUACAAAGCAAAAAUUGUUCACAUUUUGGAGGAAGUUGUAAAAGAGAGAAAUCAUGAGAUGCAAAAGAAGAACAUGGAUGAGCUUCAUGAGAGUGAUUAUACUCAUUGUGAUGCUGCUAGCUCGGACGAUUCGGACAUAUCCGAAUCAGGUCCUUGUAAUCCUGUUAGUAGUACUAAUCAUGAAAAAAAAAGUGAGAAGGUUGAGCAGUUUCAUAGAUUAUCACUGUAUAGGAUUAACAACUGCUUAAUAGGAUUAACAGAUGAACAUUCAGAAGCUAAUAAUACUCCAAAGAAGGAAGAGUUAUGUCAAAAUAACCAAAACUCUCCAAAAUCAUUGUCUCCAGAACAAGACUAUUUUCCAAGAGAAGCUCAUCAAGGUGAAGAUUCUGAGAGCAGAGGCAAAGAAGAGCAUAGGAUCAUCGGCGGCUCGGCUAGGCCGGUAAAUGGAAAGAAAUCUCUUGAAGGGUUAAGGAUAUUGCUUGCAGAAGACACACCUGUGAUUCAAAGAGUUGCAACCAUAAUGCUUGAGAAGAUGGGAGCAAGUGUUGUAGCAGUUGGUGAUGGACAAGCAGCAGUGGAUGCUUUGAAUGGCUUGCUUGGUGUUGAAGAUUUUAGAAGAGACUCAAACUUGAAUGAAAGGAACACAAGAUCAUCAUCUUCUCAAACUGAAAUUCUCAGUUUCCCUUCAUAUGACUUGGUCCUAAUGGAUUGUCAGAUGCCAAAGAUGGAUGGAUAUGAAGCAACAAAAGCAAUAAGAAAAUCAGAAGUGGGAAGUGGAGUUCACAUUCCAAUAGUUGCUCUCACUGCUCAUGCAAUGUCAUGUGAUGAAGCCAAAUGCUUAGAAGUUGGAAUGGAUGCUUAUUUAACCAAACCAAUUGACUUCAAAUUGAUGGAAUCCACUAUUCUUUCUCUCACAAGAAGAACAAUAUCCUAACUUAUAGAUUUAGUCUCUUCUUUUUAGACAUCAUAGGCAAGUACAAAAAGAAUAAUAUAUAUGUAUUCAAGUUUACUACAUAUAUAUAUUAAC